GUCAACACCAAAACCAACCAAAACAUUACGUUAUUCUCUCAAUUUAAGCUUAAAUAAACUUGAUCUGUCUCUAAGUUUCUUACAAGUUGAAAAAAAUAGAAAUAUCUACUAGUCAAAGUCUAAGAAUAGUUACUUUAAGUUAAUAUUCAACAUUAAUUUGUCUUAUGAAAUGUCGAAAGCGGAAUCUACUUCUCGAGGCGGCACCGAUGGCCUGAACGUGGAUUUUAUGCGUUCACUAGUCAAACAGUACUCUGAACUGGGUCUAUGGACAAGUGCGCUGUUCUGGGCGGAUGCAGCAGCGGCGGCUGGCAGUGGGUCGGGCGCAGCAAGUGGGGAUGAUGUGUGGUUACUCGCUAGUGCCAUGUUGGCCCGAGGGGAGUACCAUCGAGCCGCUUAUGCUGUCACAUCUAGAGGCUUACACAAACAACAUUUACUAUGCCUUGGUGUAGCAAUGCGCGCCCAUCUAGCGGCGCAAGAGGCCGCCACUGCGCUGGCACUCUUCGAAGAGAGCGAUCCCGCGCUUUUGGAGCCCCGGAGUGACCAGACACACAAUCGUGCAUUAGCAGGCGUGCUAGUAUCCCAAGCUCGAGCUCUCUCCUCGCUUGAGCGGCGAGACGCGGCCUCAGCCGCUUUAUGCAGCGCGCUCCGAGCCGACUGCGCGUGUAUGGAGGCCCUCGCGCUGUUGCACCGGCAGACCCCGCUCACACACAAACAGGAGAUAGAGUUGCUGGACUCUCUGCCCAUCAGCAGCCAGCUGGGCGCCGCGGAGGGCGCGCUGCUGCGGGCCGCGUACCGGGACCGGAUCUAUCGGCAUUCCACGCCCCCACAGGAUACAAGUGAUCCGAUAUCAUCGUCAACGGAAGCGGUCCGCGCGCGCACGGCGGAGGCGGGCGCGUCGCGCGCGCGGCGGCUGGCGGCGGCCUGCGACUGGCCCGGCGCCCUGCGCGCGCUCGACGCCGUGGACCCGUGGUGCGCCGCGCCCGUCCGCGCGGCCUGCUUAGUGGAGCUGAAGAAGAGCGCUGAGCUCUUCGCGUUCGCUCAUACCCUGGUGGAUGCGUAUCCCAACUCGUGGACUUCUUGGUUCGCUGUUGGAUGCUACUAUUAUUUAAUAGGCAAGAACGAGUUAGCGCGGCGGUACCUGAGCAAAGCGAAGAGCUUAGAACCCGGCGCAGGCUGUGCCUGGCUGGCGCAGGGCCACAGCUUCGCGGCCGACAACGAGCACGACCAGGCCAUGGCGGCGUAUUUCAAGGCUAGUCAACUAAUGGCAGGCAGCCACUUGCCGCCGUUGUACGUGGGCGUGGAGUGCGCGCUGCUGAACAACUUCACCAUGUGCGAGCGCUUCCUGCUGCGCGCCGCCACGCUGCACUCGUGUAUAGAGACGGGUGAGGAAGAGGGCUGGGACACCAUAGCUCGCGUAGUCAAAGAACCUCAUGUAGCUCAUGAGGCGGGGGCUGCUGCCUUCGCCGCGGGACAACCUCGAGCGGCUAAAGAGCUGUGGCUGGCGGCGUUACAAGCCGCGCCCGAGAUAAGAGGCAAGAGCGAGAGCAUGCACCCGCGCUGGGCGGCGACGCUGGACGCGCUGGGGCACGCGUGCCGCAAGCUGGGCCAGCUGGGCGAGGCGCUCGCCUGGCACGAGCGCGCGCUGGCGCUGCGGCCCGCGCGCGCCGCCACGUGCGCCGCGCGCGGCCUGUGCCUCGCGCUGCUGGGCCGCGAGCGGGACGCGGCCGCCGCGCUGCACGCCGCGCUCUCCAAGGACCCCGACGACGUGGUGUCCCUGGCGCUGCUCGAUGCUAUAGUGGACCGGCUGGACGCGGCGCUGACGGGUGGGUGUUGUAACGUGCGCCGCGCGCGGCCUGUGCCUCGCGCUGCUGGGCCGCGAGCGGGACGCGGCCGGCGCGCUGCACGCCGCGCUCUCCAAGGACCCCGACGACGUGGUGUCCCUGGCGCUGCUCGAUGCUAUAGUGGACCGGCUGGACGCGGCGCUGACGGGUGGGUGUUGUAACGUGCGCCGCGCGCGGCCUGUGCCUCGCGCUGCUGGGCCGCGAGCGGGACGCGGCCGCCGCGCUGCACGCCGCGCUCUCCAAGGACCCCGACGACGUGGUGUCCCUGGCGCUGCUCGAUGCUAUAGUGGACCGGCUGGACGCGGCGCUGACGGGUGGGUGUUGUAACGUGCGCCGCGCGCGGCCUGUGCCUCGCGCUGCUGGGCCGCGAGCGGGACGCGGCCGGCGCGCUGCACGCCGCGCUCUCCAAGGACCCCGACGACGUGGUGUCCCUGGCGCUGCUCGAUGCUAUAGUGGACCGGCUGGACGCGGCGCUGACGG